AUGCACAAACAAGCAAAGACAUCAAGCACUUUGACGAAAAGGUGUAUAGUGGCAUGCAUUCUCUCUGCCAAAGAUACGCUGAUGCAGCAUUUUGUGAGUAAAACCCAUUUGACCUUCACCUCUCCAAACUUACCCUUGUUGACGGCCUCUGAAUACAUUAAAACCCGUGUCUUGAACCAUAAUGUGGGUGAAGUCAAAGCGUCCGAAGUCGAAGCAGAGUCUGUGGGGCAGGACGAUGGACCUGGUAAUGACAUGGCUGCCAAAGCCGGCCCAGAGUCACAUGCUGUUGAUGUACCCACUACGACGUCCUGGACCCCAACAUCAGCUACUGCAGCUCCACCCUCCAUAACUCCAGCAGUAUCAUCCUUAUCGACUAACAAGGCUGGGAAAAUCACGACUACCGUACAGACUGUUGAUCCACCUACAACGCCAUCUUUGCUUGCCUCGCCAACAGUUGACCUUUCUACCAAUUGGCAAUUGGCACCACCAAUUACAGGCCCUUCUCUUGAUGGCGCUCCUUUGCGCUUGAGCUCUCCAACUCUGGCCUACCACAAUCAUACGAGCUCUGACAUUAACACCUAUGGUCACCUGCUAUCCAAUUCCCGAGAACUCGACCCACAGUAUAACAAUCCUGAUAUGUUUAUGGGUAUGAACAUGGACAUGAAUACCUGGUGGGACUGGGCACAGUAUGACUCCAAAAAUCAGGCGAUGCAGACGAUGAGGGGGAUAGGAAGCGAGCAAGGUCAUGAGGUAACCUUCGAUGUUGAUGGGACGUUGAUCUCAACUGGAGCCAGUGCUGUGGGCAACCCGACUCCGACAUUGAUUGGGCUUCAGCUAACAUCUGAAACUCACCAAACUCCAAUGAUCCUUUCCAAUGAAAACUAUGGGGCUGACAUUGACUCAUUGAUGGGACAACACGCUCCUACUUCGAGUGUUUCUGCCUACCCCCUUGCAUCUCAAAGGCCCGCUCUCACCCAACUCCCUCUGCAAAUUCAACCUAAUAUUGCAAAGCUGGUUAGUGACGGAAAGGAAAAUACCCUGAAAUGGAAACUGGAGGAUUGUAGCGAAAAAGACCCCAAACGCCCGAAGAUUGUUACUGUAGAAGAGGCUGGCAGAGAGGAUGUCGAAGUAAGAGACGGCGAAAAUGAUAAUAAGAAGCAAGGAGAAGAGGAAGUGGGUACUGGUCGAAGGAAACGGAACAUGAAGGCUCCUGUGUGCGAACCAAAGACAGUUACUGCAGUGGAAGUGGAAGAAACAUCCAAGAAGAGUGCAGGGAAGUCGAAAGGGACAAAGUCCACCAACAGUACCCAAAAAACAAAAGGGCAAGGGAAGAAGUCAAAGCCCACAUAG